AUGGUGCACCGCGGGCUUGUUGUCCUGUGCUUCAGUGCUAUGCUGGCUGUGGCUUCAGCAGACACCUUCGGAGCAGGACUAAAGCUCCUCGGAAGGAUGUACGAUAAUUGCGAGAAGUCCCAGGAGAUUAUCCAGUGCUUCAAGAUCCAGGCAACAAAGCUAAUGUUUAGAGCAGCGAGGAUGGAGACACUGCCCAUAUUUGAAGGGGUAUCAUUAGUUCAAAGAUCAGAUCAAGGAAGAGCCUUCCCGUCUCUACCUGAAGGUGAUUUGAACUCCUUAGGGUCUGAUGACAUUGACAAGCUACUUCAGCUAUCAGCCUCAAAGCUGCUGCAGAGUCAUCGCGUGGUUAUAUCUCCAACUUUGGCCAGUGUUGAUGUUGGCAGGUCAUUUGAAGAAGCAAGAGGUAAGCUUAAGAAGAUGAUGGGACCCAUUAUGGCUGGUCUUGCGAUCAAGGGAGGUUUCUUGGCUAUGGCAUUCCAGGCAAUUGCUAUCAUCGCGGGUAAGGCCUUGUUAAUUGGAAAGAUUGCGCUUCUCCUGUCUGCCGUUAUUGGUUUGAAGAAACUGGUUGCUGGCGGAGAAUCUCAUGAGAAAACAACAUACGAGAUCGUAAAACAUCCCCAGGUGUCUCAAACGCACACAUACUCAGCGUCCCAUUACGGGGGUGACUUCGACUCUACAGGGCCUGGAGGUCACUACAGAAGAAGUGUAGAAGAUGAGGCCGCUGCUCAAGAUAGAGCUUACAGAGCUUAUGCUAAACAUUAAUAGCUUACGACUCGUUACAAAAUACGAUAUGGCAUAGAGCUUUCAAGAGCUUAUAACCCAAUAUAAAGGAUAUAGAGAAAUUUUUGAAAAUC